GAUCGUCCGGAGAGUCGAAUUCCACGGUGCAGAAAGACGGGCCGCGGGGGGCGGCGAACGGAAUGCGGGCCUCGUCGACGACAGCUCAUUCAUGCCACCUGCCUUACGUCAUUCCUUCUCGACACACGCGCGGCCUCUGAAAGUACGAAAAACCGGACGCUAAUGCGCGGUACGAACGAACCGGCUGGCGAAUUAACGAUCCACGGUAUGUACCAAUGCAUGCACACGUACAGACAUAUUUACAUCUGUCCGAUAACAAGUGACGAGGGGAAGAAAAAAGAGAAGAAUUUAUGGUCCAAGCGGAUCUAGCGACACUCGACGACCGAGCAGACCUUCGAGCUUAACCUGCAGACGUUGAGAGACCAGGAAUUAUCAGCAGAAUGGGAAGCAAAUUGAGCGCGAUCAUCAAUCGCCUUUUCGACUACCCGAUCAAGAGGAAGCCGAUAUGCUUUCAUCGUCAGGAGGACUUCACCUCGACCGGCGAACGGAUACCGGGGAGUGAGAAUCUCCCCAAGGAACCACCGUCCGAGUAUGAUAAAUUGGUUGCAACGUUUUACGAACGACUUUUGUCUCAGCGAAAGCACGCCAAGCAAAUGCACGAGAAGAACAGUCGGUGGUCGGUGCAAAAGGUGCUCAAGAAGUUUCCCGGGUGGAACGAAAUGACGAUAUCCAAUCUUCACAGCCUCUUUCUCCUAUUCGACGCUCAAAAGACCGGCAUGCUGUCGCACCCAGAUUUCUGCGCGGUUUUGGAGAGUCUCGGCGAUUCGACCGCGGCUAACGUCAGGAAGCAGAAAUUCGAACACGCCGAUGCCGACGGCGAUGGGUGGAUAACCUACGACGAGUUCCUCGCCCUCCUUUACAACUUCACCCCUUCGAUUGAUGGCGAACUUACCGGGGUUGCUAAACUCUGCUACGACAUAGCGGAGAACGUCAGAUUCGUCUCGUCACUCAGCGUCGGUGAACAGCUCGAGUACGGCUUGUUUUGAGGCUCUGGAGGGGGGAUAAAGUGGACAGGAUAAAGUCGUGUACGCUGUGCAUCUCAGAAAACCUUGAAUAUCGCGUUAUAUUCACAGAAUGCAACACAGACGGUAUAUCAGACUUGAAGAACGACGCUGUGCGUUGAGACUGUCGAGUC